AUGGAAGCCAGGAAGCUCCUCAACGACAAGAAGUUCUGGUUCGCAUCUGUACUCAUUGCUUGGGCUGCUGCUCUCCAGGGGCACAUGAUGUGGGUGAAAAGACAAGACUCGUUCAAGCAAAAGUUUGGGAAUCUCAGCGAAGCCAACACCAAUGAUGCCGAUCAACUGAUCGGAAAUUCUCCUGCCCCUGGGGCCACUCUGUUUUGGGGUUGGAACUGUCGGCAUGGGGCAGGGCAAGGUGUGAUGAUGAAGGAGCAGGUAUUGGGGCAGGGUUCAAGAGUAAGGAAAUUGCAAUGUGGACAGCUAUUGAAAUGUCUGCAUGGAACUUGGAAGAAACACAGUGAGGCACACUUGCCAAAUUCAAGUUCUCAAACCCCAACUGGUUCUGUUCUACUAAUGAGGAUGGGCCAAUGGGCAAGUCAACUUGAGCUUUUGACCAGGGAAGCAAAAACCAGUUCAAGAAACUGCGAUAUGGUUGCGCCAAUUGCUCAGCUACCCAAAAAGGCACUUUUCACACUACCUGGGUCUCUUUGA